AUGAAAUAUAGUCCAACCUCGAAUAAAGAUACCAGGCAGAGCGUAAAGUUUCAUUCUAGGGUGAAUAUCGUACCCGAUUCUGGCAUAUGUGAACCUGUAGAAGACAUCAAUGUAGAAAUAAGCAAUAGAGGUCUAUCUGGGUUUGCUAUACCAACUCAAUUCGUUAAACAUUUAGUAACUACAGAUAAUAAAUUAAAAGUCACUGACUUAGAAUCCAACAAACAAAAGCUUGAUAAUACAGACAAUGUUUCUAAGAAAUCUACUGACAGAAAUAUUUUGGAGAAACUAAAAGAUGAUAUUAAUAUGUUUAUAGACAAAAAGGAAAGAGAAUAA